GGGGCGCCCGAGCCGAGAGGCGGGGCUGGUGAGUGCCUAAAGGGAGCGGGACAGAGCUUCUCACUUCUGCCCCUGGGGGCUGGCCAGUCGGGGCGGGGCUGGGCGGAGCGUCUAUUCCGUAAGGCGCUCCCGGGGCCCCCGAGCCGAGCCGGCGGCGCCCUCCCGCCCAACGGCUUGUCAACAGUCGCGGGGUCCGGGAGGGAAGCCUCGGAAGCCGGUGAGGCCGUGGUACGUCCCGGAUCCCCUCCCUUCCAGGCGGCCGGACUUGGCCCCGGGAGGGGACGGGAUGUGCUCCGCCGGGGAGCUGCUGCGCGGCGCGGACGGCGGGAGGGAGCCAGACGAGGACGGGGACGGAACCGACUCCCAGCAGGAGAAGCGGCAGCCGGGGCCAGGGCCGGCGCCGGCGAAGCCAGAGGAGCAGGAGGACGGCGGCCGGAGCUUGAGCCUUCUCGCGGGGCAGCAGCCGCAGCCGAGGCGGCGCGGGCGGCAGCAGCAGCAGCGUGGUCCUGGAGGAGGCGGCCAGGAGCAGCCAGAGCAGAAUGUAGAAGAAUCACAAAAUCAAUGUGUGGAACCUGUUGUAGACGACUGCAAAAAGAUGGGAACCCUUUUUGGUGAACUAAACAAAAGCCUAAUCAACAUGGGCUUCACAAGGAUGUAUUUUGGAGAACGGAUUGUAGAACCAGUAAUAGUCAUUUUCUUUUGGGUGAUGCUGUGGUUUCUUGGCCUACAAGCCCUCGGACUAGUUGCUGUUCUUUGCAUUGUCAUUAUUUAUGUACAAGAGUAAAAUGUAGCUGACUCAUGUGUGGUUUUGACAUAUGGAAGCCAUGUUAUAUGUUGAUGGAUAUUUAAACAAGUGAGAGCUACAGAAAUCUGCUUUGUUAAAAAUUAUGUCAGCCAUUUUUAAAUCAAAUUUAUAAAUGGAUGUUCUUUGAAAAUAAAGUCAACUCUUCAUCAUAAUUUUCAGAUAAACCAGACCACCGUUUCUCAGUGAAGGCUUUUGCCUACUUAUUGAGCACUAAUCAUAAACACUACUACUCCAAAAUAGCACAGAUGAUAUGAUAUUUAGAUCUAUCAUUUCUAUUCCUUGUCAAUCUUUUAGAGGGAAAGAAGGUAAAGUAAUAUUUUACUUGAAGAUUAUUCCCACUUUUAUUUGGAGAAUAUUGGAUUUCAGUUAUCUUUACCAACCCCAACCCCAUGAGUAAAUGAAAGUUGGCUUUAUGACUAUCUUUCUCUUGUGAUGGAAAUUAAUCAUUCUAGUUCAUUUUCCAAAAGUUAAAAAGAAAAAAAAAAGAUAUACUCUUGUUAGAGAAACUACCCAAGUGGAGUGAAACUUCAUUAGGCCUGGAACCACUUCAGUGUGUCGUCAUUGAAGAUUUUAGAAAUUUUUGGUGCUGGUGAGUUCUUUGUUAAACCGGAAGUCACACUAGCCAAGAAGAAGCUCAGCUGGCUACAUACCUACUCUGUGGCAUGCCUAAUUAGGCUGUGGUAUUUUCUUCUAUCCAACAAGCUUGAGUUUUUAUUUGUUAUUUUCCAUGGGACACUUUCAGUAUAUUUUUUUCACAACUUUUACAAUUUUUUAUAGUUCUUUUUUUAACUGCUACUUUAAGAUAUAAAUCAAAAUCUGUUUCCUAACUGGACAAUUGAGUGUGUUUUCCCUAGCUUGUUCCAGAAUCUGCCUGCAUCUUUUUCUUUUUCUUUCAAAAAGAAAUAAAUAUUUCACAUAUAUUUAGAAAAAAAGAUGUACAAUAUUAAAUUUGGAGUUUAAUAAUCAUUCUUAUACAUGCAGCAAGACCAAAUGUGCAAAUCCUCUAAAUGGAGAAAUAAAGUAAUUGAAAAUCUCCUAAGAGCAUAGAAAGCUAAAUCUGAAUCCGGGCCAGAAGGUGUUAAAAGUACAGUGUAUUUGUCUAAAUGUUGACUUUUUUAAACUUACGACUUUUUUAUUUUUACAAAAUGUCUUUGUACUCUUAUUGUGUGCUUACAUUGAGUUUGCAAAUAUUUUUAUACUAACAAGCAUACCCAUUAUCUACCUUACUAGAAGUGUAAACUGUCUGAAUGUGUAUUUUCAUUUUAUUCAUCAGUACAGUUUAAAAAAAACAACAGAGAUUAUGGGAAUUUGUAGCAGUAUCAAAUAUUAAUAACUACAUUCUUUGGGAAUGCUGCUGAGAGUUUGAAUUUCAGAAAUACAACAUGCUUUUAAUAACAGCUCUGGUCCCACCAGUGCCUAAUGGUAAAUCUAUUUUUCAAAGUUAUUUUUGUUAUAAAUUAUUUAGUAUCCUCUCAGCACUAUACAUUGCCCCGUUGUGCUGACAGGAUGUGUGUGUGUGUGUGCGUGCGUAUGCCUGUGUUUGUGUGCAUCCAAUUAGAUAAAGUAAGCAGGCAUUUUGCUAUCUCCUUUCCCUCUUCUGUAACUACAUACCGUGGUAUACCAUCAAGUACUAUCAAGGAGAGGGAGGGAGAGAAAGAAGAAAAGCUAGUCAGUAGUGUAUUUAAUAGAGACAAAAAGAUGUUGCCCCUGGGAAGUUUUGGAAUGCAGAUUAUACUCAUUUCCCUAGCUAAAAGAAAAUCCUAUAACCCUGUCUGGUCAUGAAAUAAAGUGGUUCAGGGAAAGGAUACUGAGUCAACUCAAUCUAGAAAUGUAGCUGAUUCAAGGAAUUGGUGUCAUAUGCAAAUAAGAAGUAUAAUAAUUACCACAGAAUUUACCCGUUUUUAUUAGCCCUCAAUUUUUAAGAGGAGAUAGGGAAAUAAAAUACAUAUCUUAUAUCAAAUGUAGUCAAACAAACAGACCAUGGAUGAAUAAAUUUGUUUUCUUUCCAAUAAAAUAUCAGGCAUAAUGGGGAAUUUUGUUUAUAUUUUGUCUUAUUUCUUAAUCAGUCAGAAAUAUGGUACUUUCUCUAUUCUCUGCCUACCACUACAGGGGUUCUUAACCUCAAGUCCAUGAAAACUGAUAUAUUUUGAUAACUGUAUUUCAAUAAAUUGACUUCCUUUGUAAUGCUAUGUGUCUUAUUCUGUGCAUUUAAAAACAUUAUUCCAAGAAAUUGGCUGGAGGUUUCACAAAACUUCCAGAGGAGUCCAUGAUACUAAAAAAGCUUAAGAACCUUUGUGUUAUCAGUAUAGCCAUCCUUCACUUUCUUUUUUUUUUUUAAUUCUUAUCUUCUGUCUUAGGAUCAAGUACUAUGUAUUGGUUCCAAGGCAGAAGAGCCAUAAGGGAUAGGCAAUGAGAGUUAAGUGGUUUGCCCAAAGUCACAGAGGAAGGAAGUGUUUGAGACCAGAUUUGAACCCAGGAUCUCUGGGCCUGGCUCUGUCUCCACUGACCCAUCUAGUUGCCUCUGCCAUCUUUCAUUUUCAGUGAUAUAGAAUACAUUUCCUGGUUUUUACUGAUAUCUUUUUAAUAUUGGGGAGCACGGGGGAAUCAUAUAAAAGGAUAAAGAGAAGCCCAGUGUACACUGAAUGCCUACCCAUACAUACCCCUGCAUCUAUUCUAUUGGAGAAACAUCUCGUGGCCGCCAUGCUGCUUUGGGCCCAAGCACUUGGGUUAGAGAAUGCUGUCCCAGCUAGUACACCAGCUAAUUUGUUUCUAUCAGGUUACUCUCUUGAGAACUUGCGCAUCACUAAGGGACCUCAACCUAUGAGAUAAACUGACUGUUAACAAUAUUGUUGGGAAGGUGAUUUGCAACCCAAGCAAUUACACAGGAAGAAGACUCAUGAAUAAUCACUGCUAUAAUUGGGGACUAAUUAUCCAGUUUACAGAUUAUCUGCAGCUCUCAGUUCCCUUAGGCCUUUAGGAAGGAAGGGAGAGGAAAAAGGUAAAGCUUGAAAUCAGGUUAUUUCUGUCUUGUAUUAUAUCUUUAAUAAAAGAUUUGCUCUGAGGGACAGAAGUUAAUUCUUAAAAAAAAAAAAAGGCUAAGGGUCCAUCUGUAGUCUUAUAGUCAUAGAAUCCUAGAGCUAGAAAGACCCUUAGGGAGCCAUCAAGUCCAUCUUCCUGUCUCAUGGAUGAAUCUUGUCUUUAAUAGCCCUGACAAGUGGUCAUCCACCCUCCAUUUAUUGAUGCUUUCUCUGGAACCCAUUAGCUCGAAGUUGUUUGUACUUUAAAAUUUUAUAGCUCAAAGAUACUCGUACGAUGCAGAAGGGGAAUGUAUUUAGCCAUAUGUUGUCAUUUAGGAAUCUUGUUGACUUUCUGUUGGAAAUAUAUAACUGUCAUCCAUUGGAGCUGGGUCUUCACAAUACUGCUACUAUGUCAGAGCAUAUUUCAGGGGGAAAUCCACUCUGCAGGUCGCGUUAAAUGUUUCAGCACUGUUUGUAAUGUGUAUCUCAAGGGGAAUCAUUGUCACAGAUAUUAUUUAAGGGAUACUUUUUUAAUGUUACUUGUUUUACAGUGUGUCCCAGGAAGCCUUCAUCUGCCAAACAUUUUUUUAAUUAACACUGAAUAGCCCAAAUACUGCUAUCAGGGCUGAUGGUUCUUGUUACCAAACUGCCGUAUUAAUUCUUCACCAGAAUGUCUUGGUGGUCCAAACCACUUGUGUUACAAAAACUUCUAUACAAAAUUCUUUGUUAUCCUUUCUAAUAAAAGAUACUAUGCUACAA